AUCGUGACGUCAGGCAUGACCAAUAAGAAGUUCUCGAGUCCUAGAAAACCCUCUCAAUUUCUGUCGAUUACACAACAAAAUACAAAUAACUAAGUUCCAUUAUAAUCGAUUUCUUCAUUUAUAAAUGGAAGCUACCGCCCUACAGAAGUUGAUGAAGAUGACAAUUGGAAAGUUCAGGAAAGAGUUUGAAUAUGAACACAUGACGAGAAAUCAAAAUAAGGUCAACGGGGUUGUCUUUUUUCCAGAUGACAUCCUUUUGGAUAUCCUUAAAAGGCUUCCUGAUGCUUUCCUUCGUUAUAAGGCUAAGUAUGUCUGUAGACGAUGGUUCCAUAUAAUCACCAACAUGAUCUUGCUAGACCAUGCUUCUUUCAUCCUCCAGAAGCCAACUGGAAUCUACAGAGCACGCCAUGUGGACAUAAGGGAAGAAAGACAAGGGCUAGAAGUGAAAGAGCGGUAUCUUCACAUACCUUGCACAGGUAGGAUAGAGUCAUGGUGUAAUGAGUUUCUUCUGAUAAGGGAUCUUGAUAGAAAAGGAUCUGUAUAUCUUUUUAAUCUAAUCACCAAGGAAGGAUCAUAUCUACCGCUUUGUAUAUCCUGUGUGGGACGCUAUUUUUGCCUAUGUGGAGUGGCACUUUCUUUUGACGGAUUGAAGAGAGUAUACAAGGUCCUUCGUGUGUCUAUGGGCCCACCAAUGCAAUGCGAUAUUCUUAUUUUGAAAAAAGAUAUCGUCUCUUGUGUUUCCUCAAAGUGGAAAAAUAUCAAAGUCCCGUGUUAUAUGAGUCAAGGAAUGUCUAGUUGGUUUCACCCGGUUUCAGUUCAAGGCAAGUACUUUCACUGGAGUGCUAAUCUUUCUAAGUACCUGGUUUCUAUGGAUAUGGUGAAAGAGAAAUUUUUCCAAUUGCACCUACCUAAAAGUUCUGGUGAUCGUAUGAUAAACCUCUAUUCUGUUUUUGAGAUGGGUGGUUUCCUUACUCUCAUUGGUGGAGUUUCUUUGGACAAAGUUUACAUAUGGAGUCUUAAAGAUUUUCGGAGGAUGGAGUGGGAGAAGUUGCAGUUAGUAACUUUCCCGGAUCAGUACUUUAGAAUAUAUCCCAUUUCAACUGUGAUAAGUAAGAGAUAUAUUAUCUUCAAGGAUUCUGAAUCAAGUAAAAUUAGGCAUAAAAAGUCAUUAUCAUGUGGUGAUAAGCCCCCGGUCCAUCAGGUCUACACUCGCAAGAAGAAAUGUCCCAAAGUUGGCAGCCCAAUGAAUCAUGGCCAAUCUAGUUUUCCGCAGGGAACAGAUCAGGGGCAAUUUGGUCUUUUUGGUGUACCCAACAGCUAUGGAGCAGGAGACACUGAAAGUGGAGAGGAUGUUUAA